CCUGAGGGGGCGCGGGGGAGAGGUGCUCCGGGUCUCCGGACCCCCCCGCGCCGGGCGAACCCCCAGAGUGUGGGCUGCGCCCGUGGGGCCGGACACCUGUUCGGCCGGGCCCGGCGUGGGCGCCGGGGGCCAGGAUGAAAGUGACCGUGUGCUUCGGCAGAACCGGCAUCGUGGUGCCCUGCAAGGAGGGCCAGCUGCGCGUCCGGGAGCUCACGCAGCAGGCGCUGCAGCGGUACCUGAAGACCAGGGAGAAGGAUCCUGGCUACUGGGUGAAGAUUCAUCACUUAGAAUACACGGAUGGAGGAAUCCUGGAUCCAGAUGAUGUUUUGGCAGAUGUCGUUGAAGACAAAGAUAAGCUGAUUGCUGUGUUUGAUGAACAAGAACCACUCCACAAGAUUGAGAGCCCCAGUGGAAACCUUGCAGGUCAGCAGACCCCAGAUGCCUUUGAGACGGAAGUGGCUGCCCAGUUGGCUGCAUUUAAACCAAUUGGUGGGGAGAUCGAAGUAACCCCUUCUGCUCUAAAAUUAGGCACUCCACUGCUGGUGAGGAGAAGCAGUGACCCAGCGCCAGGCCCACCUGCUGACGCCCAGCCGAGUGCUUCACAAUCCAGUGGCCAGAGUCUGAAACCUGUUACUCUAGAUUCCACACAGAACUUAGAAGAUGGAGAAGUUAUGAAUGGUGUGCAGACAGAACUCCUGGCAUCGCUGAAAACCAAGGAUGCAUUGAGUGAUAUGACAAGAACAGUGGAGAUUUCUGGGGAAGGAGGCCCCUUGGGAAUACAUGUAGUGCCUUUCUUUUCAUCUCUGAGUGGAAGGAUUCUAGGACUCUUCAUCCGCGGCAUUGAAGAAAAUAGCAGGUCCAAGCGGGAGGGACUAUUUCAUGAAAAUGAAUGUAUUGUAAAAAUCAACCACGUGGACCUCGUAGACAAAACCUUUGCUCAGGCUCAAGAUGUCUUCCGCCAGGCAAUGAAGUCCCCAAGCGUCCUCCUCAAUGUGCUUCCACCUCAAAACCGUGACCAGUAUGAAAAAUCAGUCAUUGGACCGCUUAACAUUUUUGGUGACAAUGAUGGCAUUUUGAGAACAAAAAUGCCUCCUCCUGUCCAUGGAAUAUCAGGAAUAAAAACAGGAACAGGAACAGGGCGUCCUGAAGAGGAUGCAUCGACUUCCCUGCAACAAAACAAGAGCCCCCGAGUCCCAAGACUGGGUAGAAAGCCAUCCUCUCCCUCACUCUCCCCUCUCAUGGGGUUUGGCAGCAAGAAAAAUGCAAAGAAAAUUAAGAUUGACCUAAAGAAAGGCCCUGAAGGACUGGGUUUCACUGUUGUUACCAGAGACUCUUCCAUACAUGGGCCUGGUCCCAUUUUUGUAAAAAACAUUUUACCAAAGGGAGCAGCGAUAAAAGAUGGCCGCCUGCAAUCAGGGGACAGAAUUUUGGAGGUAAAUGGCAGAGAUGUCACUGGACGAACUCAAGAAGAGCUCGUGGCCAUGCUGAGGAGCACCAAGCAGGGAGAAACAGCAUCGCUGGUCAUCGCCCGUCAAGAAGGAGCUUUUCUUCCCCGAGAGCUGAAAGGAGAGCCUGACUGCUACCCACUCUCCCUGGAAACAACUGAGCAACUCACCUUCGAGAUCCCCCUGAAUGAUUCAGGUUCUGCUGGUCUUGGCGUGAGCUUGAAAGGGAACAAAUCUCGAGAAACUGGAACAGAUUUGGGGAUUUUUAUCAAAUCCAUCAUCCACGGAGGUGCUGCUUUUAAGGAUGGUCGUCUGCGGAUGAAUGACCAGCUGAUUGCCGUUAAUGGGGAAUCUCUUUUGGGAAAAUCCAACCACGAAGCUAUGGAGACACUGAGGCGAUCAAUGUCCAUGGAGGGAAACAUUCGAGGAAUGAUCCAAUUGGUGAUUCUGCGGAGGCCAGAGAGACCAAUGGAGGUGAUGCAUGUCUUUGGUUCCCUCUGCAGAUUGCCCAAAUGGCCCCCUAGGGAGCCUACAGAAUGUGGGGCAUUUUCUAAGCCAUGCUUUGAGAAUUGUCCAAACGCUAUAAACGCCUCCAGGAGAAAUGAUCAUAGUUCAUUGCAUCCAUUUGGCACUUACAGUUCACAAGACAAACAGAAAGAGCUAUUGCUUCCCAGUGACGGAUGGGCCGAGGCUGAAGUACCACCUUCUCCACCACCACAUCCCGUUCUGGAAUUGGGCGCUGAAGAUUACAGCCACAGCUCUGGGGUGGAUUCGGCAGUGUAUUUUCCAGAUCAGCACACCCACUUCAGAUCCGUGACACCGGCCAGGCAGCCUGAAUCAAUGAAUCUGAAAGCCUCAAAGAGCAUGGACCUUGUGCCAGAUGAAAGCAAAGUCCACUCAUUGGUUGAUCACAAAUCGGAAUCUCCGAGCAAAGAUUUCGGUCCAACUCUGGGGUUGAAAAAGUCCAGUUCCUUGGAGAGUCUACAGACCGCGGUCGCUGAGGUCAGGAAGAAUGAACUUCCCUUCCACAGACCCCGGCCACACAUGGUUCGUGGCCGUGGCUGCAAUGAGAGCUUCAGAGCAGCCAUUGACAAAUCCUACGAUGGACCCGAAGAGUUAGAAGCUGACGGUCUGUCUGAUAAGAGCUCUCGCUCCGGCCAAGGAGCUCUGAAUUGUGAAGCUGCCCCUCAGGGGAGCUCUGAGCUAGAGGACGUGGAAAAUAAAGCCAGGAAAAUCAAAAAACCAAAAGAGAAGGAGAAGAAGAAGGAAAAAGGCAAAAUGAAAGUCAAGGAGAAAAAGCUGAAAGAGGAAAACGGAGAUCCUGAAAGGAAAAUAAAGAAGAAAGGAUUUGGUGCCAUGCUGAGAUUUGGAAAGAAGAAAGAUGAUAAGGGAGGCAAGGCUGAGCAGAAGGGCACUCGGAAGCAUGGCAGCCUGAGGGAAGAGGAACUGGAAAAAAUGAAAGAAGAACGAGAAAGGAUUGGAGCAAAACACCAGGAGCUAAGGGAAAAGCAGGCAAGAGGUCUUAUUGAUUAUGCUACUGGUGGCAUUGGGUCACUGCAUGAUAUGGACGAUGAUGAAAUGGAUCCCAAUUAUGCCAGAGUGAACCACUUCCGGGAACCAUGUGCAUCAGCAAAUGUCUACAGGUCACCAUCUCCACCUCGGGCUGGACCAUUGGGUUACCCACGGGAUGGCCGUCCACUGUCUCCAGAGAGAGACCACUUAGAGGGUCUCUAUGCCAAAGUCAACAAACCAUACCAUCCACCGAUGCCAGUUGACAGUGGCCGUCCUCCAAGCGGAAGCACUGAUCGAAUCCAGAAGUUGCGGAAAGAGUAUUAUCAGGCACGGAGGGAAGGUUUCACCUUAUAUGAGGACGACGAGGGAAGAGCAAGGCUAGAUUAUGACUUUCACUGGAUGUUAGGAUUAAACAGAAUGGCAUUUACAGCGAUGGGGCCACUGGUCACCCAGACUGUCACUAACAGAAGAGAAAGAUUUCCACAGAAGGAUAAUUUAAAUAAUAAUUCAUUUCAAACUUAAUUGAGAUUAACAUAUUAACUUUGAUGACGGACCGUAUGCAUAAGGUUCUGCUCCCUUGAUGAAACAAAUAAGCAAUCAAAUAAGAGAAGUCAUUCUCACCAUAAGCAGAACAGAACACCAUGUCCAGGGCAUCGAAAAGUUCUCCAUCUCAACACCACUGUGAAUUCCUAUGAGCAAAAUAAGACAAGUAAUUUUAGACCAAGAAGUCCUGGUUGUUUUGACCUUACUUUAUAGGAUCCCCUUAUGUCAAGCUGAAAGGCUGAAGAUACUUAACCUUCAUGAGACCUGGAGUUUCCCCUGACCUUUACCAAUCGUGAAAUGGAUAACCAUCCACUCAGGUCCUCUCUAUCUUAAUGAUUCAAUUUUUAUUCCAAGCAAUGUGGAAUUAGACAAUCUAGUGAAUAAAGAAGUAUCUCUAUUUUAAUUUGUGUUUCCCAUGCUCAAGUGUAUUGAGCUUUGCCAAAAGCGACUGACUUUACGUUUCCCACACAAGUGGGGACUAAGGCUUCCCAAAGGGAUGCUUGUGAAAUGCACUCUCAUAAAAGACUAGUGCUCUUCGGGAUCGCCUGAGAUAUUCCAAACCAGGGAUUCAAAUCUCAGCAACUUUCCCUUCCAUCCCCCCAAGCCAAGGAAAAACACUGGUAUCUUUUGUCCAGCACAGGCCAGAGAAAUUACACCGUUGUCUUCCUACUGUUGGGUAGAUCUAGGAAAGCAAGUUUAGAAAGUUAACAUUUCAUUCCUGCCAGUCAACCAGACCCAACAAGGCAGCUUUUAUUCAGGCUGUGGUUCCUAAUCAGUCUGGUCUUUAUCGUCAAAGACAGUGCUUGUUAAAAUUGGAUCAUCAGCCCCUGAAAGAGAAGGGUGAGGCCCAAGAGAGGGCUCCCGGGUGCUUCUCCACGUGGUCAUCAAGAUUUCCGACCCACAAUUCUAGAAAUAGGACAUUGGCAGGGCGCCUGGGUGGCUCAGUAGGUUGAACGGUCUGACUUCGGCUCAGGUCAUGAUCUUGUAGUUCGUGAGUUCAAGCCCCGUGUUGGGUUCUGUACUGAUAGCUUAGAGCCUGCUUUGGAUUCUGUGUGUGUCUCUCUCUCUCUCUGCCCCUCCUCAACUCAUGCUCUGUCUCUCUCUAAAAAAAUAAAUAAACAUUAAAAAAAAUUUUUUUAAAUAAGACAUUGAUUCCAAUCACUGCAGUAAGCAAAGUAGUUCACCUUCUCUAACAAAAUCAUUACAUGGACCAGCAUCAUCAAAAACCACUUUCACGGACUCAGAAUUUCCCGGGCCAGCUACCUCAGAUUUAGAAGCCUGAUAAAUAUCCCCCGGAUCCACACAAUACUGGAAAGCUUCUAAACUAUUGAGAAGGGAAUUACCUAAGAACUAAAUAGACCAGAAAGAAUAAAUAAAGUUCCCUAAAAUAAAAUACAGAAAAAAUAAAUUAAGUUGCCUAAGAACUUACUAGACCAGAAAGAAUAAAAGUAUGUGCCCAAAAGUCUUGAAAGCCAAAUUGGUAAAGCAAUCACCGGAAAGGUUAUUAGGAUCUUUGAAUUUUUUUUUUUAAUAUAUUGUUGUUAGCGGUACUCAUAAUUCUACCUCAAACUUUCUGAUUUUCCCAGGCCAUCCUAUAGGUAGUUCUAUGUCCAGUGGCUUGGAGCUGAAGGCUUUCCCCACUGCUCUCUUGAGUUCUCACUUGCUCCCAUAGCAUUUGCAUCUGACUCUCUUUUCUCUCUGUCUCUUGUCCAAUUUUAACAAAUAUUUGCUCUGUCUUAAUAGAGGCCAGGUGCCAGUCCCAGAAUAUAUCAUCUCUACCUUGAAAGAACUUACAGUCUAGCCAGGAAUACAGACAUCUAAGGCCAAACCAAAAAAAAAAAAAGGCCAAUAAUAUAUGUGAGUAAUUCUGUUGUAUAGAGAGGGAUUCGCUUCGAAAUGAGCUCAGUGAUAGCAGUUAAUUCUGCUGGAGGCCGGGUGUGCAGCCCAGGGUGCUGGGAAUUCUAGAGAGACCACUUAGGAGUCGCCUCGAUGGACGUAUUUGGUCCUUUUGUCUCAAAUAUGGUGGUUUUCUUUUUCCCAAAGGAGAUCCUGAUUUAUUCACUUCAUUUGUGUUAAAAGAAAUGAACACACACAGAUUGCAAGGUUUGUAAAUACGGACAUGAGACCUUACAAAUCUUUUCAACCAGUCUGUUCUGUAGCUGUUUUCUCAUGUAGACUCUGAAAAGCUGUAAAGAACAAGUUGAGAGAAUUUCAAUGACUGGAAGUGAAAUGGCCUGGCGAGUUUUUAUAGGCCCAAUUAAGUAAGAUAUGCUAGCUGUGACAUGUUCAUAUUUGCCAAAAGAAAACAUAAUACCUGUUAUCUCCUGGUAUUUUAUUUUCUGUAAAACUUGUUAAGACAAUCACAGUCCUCUGGCAAUAAGCUGGGGUAUUUCUUAUUAGCAGAUAAAGAUUAUCUGCUUAUUUAAUGGCAGCAUGAAUAUCCUGUAAGUAAUUUCAGAAAUGGGAUGGCUCCAGAGUUUUCUAAAAAAUAUUAGUACCUUUAUUAUUGUCUUUUUUUUCAAGAGCUGAAUGCCAAAUACUAUACACGUCCUCCUCUUUUUAACUCUCUGGCUAAAAUAAGAAUUUUUAUCUAAGAAAGGGGUUUGUAAACAUUUAGAUGGGAGGAGGUACUAUAGUUUCCACUGUCAUAAAGUAGAUGGUACUGUAUGUAUCUUUUUGGCAAAGGGGAUUGGUUCAGGUGAUGGUUGGGUGAAUAAAGGAAAACACUGGAAGAUCUGUGCACCCUAUCAUGAGGAUGGUCUAGGAGCGAACUUGAACAAACAUGGUUGGCAGCUGUGUAGACGAGAAAGAUACAUCCGAUGAAUUCUGCAGUCAGAGGAGAGGGAGAGCAAGAUGCUGGGAUCCUGCUAGCCAUCUUAGGAAAGGGAUUUAAGAUGGAACAUGUAAUAGCCAUGGAGUGUAAAAACUAUCAGAAGGUUAUUUUCUAAAUAUUUGGGAUAAAAGAAAUGAGGUCCUGCUGCCAAUGGUCCAAAACCAGAAUUGAGUUGUCCGUAUUUUCCAUCUCUGCACCUUAAGGGCAUCCGAAAAAAAGCUAAGGACACCAGUGAAAAUUUCUGGAUUAGUCAGUCAAUGGCAUUUAAGUCACAAAGAACAGGAAUCUAAUUUAAACUGGCCUAAGCGAAAAGGGAAGUUUUGUUGGCUUAUAUAACUUUAAAUUCCAUAGGUGUAUCUGACCUCAGGCAAAGCUGGAUCCGGUUCCAUUGUUAUUCUCUCUGUAGGCAGGAUUCUUAGGGAGCUCCCUAAGAGCUCCAACCCAACAACUUUAUAAAAGAA